AUGUCUACACACGAACCAGUCCUUCCUCAAGGCGCUGGCUAUGGAGUCGGUUUCUCCCCCAAAAAUUCAGAAGAGUUCAACAGCGCGUCUAGAAGCGUGAAGCCGGGGCUCAUUGCUUCUGGCAUCGUCUCCGCAUGGACGUGGGCCGCGACACUCCUACAAUCAAGCGCCGUCGCAUAUGAAUACGGCAUUUCAGGCCCGUGGUGGUACGGCGCAGGCGCGACGGUGCAGAUCCUCCUUUUUGCACAGCUCGCGGCCAAGCUGAAGCUUAACGCCCCGCACGCACACACAUGGCUCGAGAUCGUAUCUGCCCGAUGGGGCAAGACUGCGCAUCUGGUCUUCAUGUUGGCGACGAAUAUCAUCGUGUCGUCCAUGUUGAUUCUGGGUGGCUCAGCAACAGUCAGCUCCCUGACUGGCAUGAACACACUCGCGGCAUGCUUUCUCAUUCCCGUCGGGGUUGCGAUCUAUGUCGUUGUUGGUGGUAUGCGCGCGACGCUCCUCUGCGACUACACGCACACGAGCGUGCUCUUCGCGAUCAUCUUCGUCUUCGUGUACACCGCGUACGCCACAAGCCCGAAGAUCGGCAGCUUCAGCGCCAUGCACGAGCUCCUCACCAAGGCGGCCGUAGCGGCCCCGGUCGCGGGCAACGCGCACGGCUCGUACCUCACGAUGCGCUCAAAGAACGGCCUCAUCUUCGGCGUGAUAAACGUCAUCGGGAAUUUCGCGACGGUCUUCCAGGAUCAGGCUUACUGGCAACGCGCCAUUGCGAGUCGGCCGGCGACCUGCGUGAAGGCGUACCUGCUUGGAGGUCUCGCAUGGUUCGCCAUCCCGUUCAUGUUUUCCACGACGCUCGGUCUCUCUGCCGUCGCACUGCGCGGCCAGCCCGGCAUGAUGGUACUCACCCCCGAAGACGUCUCCGCCGGCCUCCCCGCGUCCGCCGCGGCGUCCGCGCUGCUCGGUCAGUCGGGCGCCGCCGCGCUGCUGAUCGUGCUGUUCUUGGCCGUCACGUCCGCGACGUCCGCGGAGCUGAUCGCGGUGUCGGCGAUCUUGACGUACGACGUCUACAAGAAAUACAUCAACCCCCAGGCCACGGAGGCGCAGAUCCUGAGGGUCUCGCAUGCGAUGGUCGUCCUCUUCGCCAUCGUGAUGGGUCUCCUCGGUCUCAUCUUCUAUUAUAUCGGUAUUUCCAUGGGCUGGCUCUAUGACUUCAUGGGCGUCGUCCUCGGCUCCGCGGUAGUACCCAUCGCGCUUUGUGUAACAUGGCGACGCGCGAAUAAGUGGGGCUGCAUCGGUGGUGCCUGCCUCGGCUUCUGCUGUGGCCUCAUCGCGUGGCUGGUGACGACCGCCACGCUCAACAGCAAAAUGAUCAAUGUCACAACGAGCGGCGGGAACUAUGAGAUGCUCGCAGGCAACCUCGCUUCGAUCGGUGUUGGCGCCAUCGUCUCCGUUGUGAGCUCGCUGAUCUGGCCCGACGACUUCAAUUUCGAUAUCACGCGCGCCAUUAAUACGCCAUCGCAAACUGAUACCACGGAAAAGGAGCGCUCGUCCGAGGACCUAGACGAGAAAAAGCGCGACCCCAGCGACGUCUCCGCCGAGCCAAUCGUCUCCUCGGAAGCCGCGGCGGCAGAGGAGGAGCGCGAGCUAGAUCCCGUUGCGCUUGGCAAGGCAUACCGCCUCGCCGCGCGGUCGUCCGUCGCCCUGACGCUCAUCAUGCUGAUCAUCAUCCCGCUCCCGCUGUUCUUCGCACAGACGAUAUAUGGCGUGCGCGGGCUGACCGCGUGGGUCGUCAUCGGGAUGAUCUGGGCGUUCUGCUCGGCGAUUUCAGUCGUGCUUUACCCCCUGUUCGAGAGCCGUGCGGCCUUGAGCCUGAUUCUGCGGGGCAUGGUCAAGGACAUCUUUUCGCGCGGCUCCGGAAGGUUCUCGCACCCCACGCCAAAUACGCAUGAUGCGUGAAUGACUACGAGACUACGAUAUGAUGCUCUCAAUAUAAAUAUGUAUACCUAGAGUCUUUCUAAAGUACCAGACUUCCGUUGCCUGAUGGCAUUGUUCAUGCGAA